AGAAACACAGACGAAGACUAGCAAGGAUAGAUCCGGAUGAAUACCGGAUGAAUAUAGAUAAGAGAGACGUAUUGAGUUUAGUUUUAGAGAAUCUAAUGGCUUUCCUUCAAUGGCUAAUGGAACCCAUCCUUCUGUUUUCAUCGCUUUUCAUUUUAGUGUUGCUGAAGUUCAUCUUUAAGGAUAAGUCAACAAAAAGACAACUUAAUCUCCCACCAACCCCUUCAAAACUACCAAUAAUUGGUAAUCUUCACCAGCUUAUCAGCAUGCCUCUCCUCUCUCUCUGCAGACUGGCAGAAAAAUACGGUCCAAUAUUUUUCUUACAGCUCGGUCAGAUCCCAACUGUGGUGGUUUCAUCAGCUAGACUGGCCAAGGAGGUAUUGAAAACCCAUGACCUUGCUCUAUGUGGCCGUCCACAAAUCUUUUCUGCCAAACAUCUCUUAUACAAUUGCACUGAUCUUGGUUUCUCACCUCAUGGUGCUUACUGGAGGCAAGUUCGGAAAAUUUGGACACAUGAGCUAUUAAGUGUUAAAAGAGUCCAAUCAUAUGGCUUUGUUAGAGAAGAAGAAGUUGCUCGUAUGGUUCGUCGGAUUGCAGAGUCUUAUCCCGGUACCACCAAUCUGUCUAAGAUGCUUGGAAUGUACGCAAGCAAUGUCCUUUGCCGGGUAGCAUUGGGAAGGGACUUCUCGGAAGGAGGAGAGUACGACAAGCAUGGGUCCCAAAAGAUGCUGCAGGAAUUUCAAGAAUUGCUUGGAGGAUUCAGUCUUGGAGAUUUCUUCCCUUCGAUGGAGUUUCUACACAGUUUAACAGGAAUAAAAUUGAGACUACAGGAAACCUUUCGACGAUUCGAUCAUCUUUUCGACCAGAUUGUGAAUGAACACCUCAACCCCAUGAGAGUAAAAGAGGACCAUAAGGACCUUGUGGAUGUUCUACUCGAUAUACAGAAGAAUGGUUCACUUGAAAUGCCCCUCACCGUGGAUAAUGUUAAAGCUAGCAUCUUGGACAUGUUUGCAGCAGGAACUGACACAAUUUUCAUCACCCUUGACUGGGGAAUGACAGAGCUCAUUAUGAAUCCUAGAGUCAUGGAAAGAGCACAAGCAGAGGUAAGAAGAGUUGUAGAGAGAGGAGUAGUGCUAGAGAGUGACUUGCCUCAAAUGCACUACAUGAAAGCUGUCAUCAAAGAAAUCUUUCGCUUGCAUCCUCCUGCUCCAGUAUUGCUACCAAGAGAAUCCAUGGAACAUGUAAUUAUUGAUGGGUACGAUAUUCCAGCCAAAACUCGAAUACUUGUCAAUGAUUUCAAAGGGACCAAGAAAGUUGGGAAUCCAGAAAGUUGGGAAAAUCCAGAAACAUUUGAACCAGAAAGAUUUAUGGGCAGCACCAUUGAUUUCAAAGGGCAUGAUUUUGAGCUGAUACCUUUUGGGGCUGGUAGAAGAGGCUGCCCUGCUAUUACAUUUGGAACUGCAAGUAUUGAGCUUGCACUGGCUCAACUUCUCCAUAGCUUUGAUUGGGAGCUUCCCCUUGGUGUUACAACUAAAGAUUUGGAUAUGACAGAAGUUUUUGGCAUUAACAUGCACAGGAUAGCCGAUCUGAUUGUGCUAGCCAAACCACACUUUUCCUGUUACAGUUCUGUCAGUAAUUUCAGUGGUAACACUUACAGGCAAUUCACAUUGACACAAGAGUUGCAUCGCUGCCAAAAAGCUAAACAUAAUUGUUUUCUCUGGGUGAAAUCGAGACUGCAGGAAACCUUUCGACGAUUUGAUCUUCUUUUAGACCAGAUUGUGAACGAACAUCUCAACCCCAUGAGAGAAAAAGAGGAGCAUAAGGACCUUGUGGAUGUUUUACUUGACAUAAAGAAGAAUGGUUCACUUGAAGUGCUCCUCACCAUGGACAAUAUCAAAGCUAUCAUCUUGGAUAUGUUUGCAGCAGGAACGGACAAACCUUUCUUCACCCUUGAUUGGGGUAUGACAGAGCUCAUCAUGAAUCCUAAAGUCAUGGAAAAAGCACAAGCUGAAGUAAGAAGAGUUGUCGGGGAGAGAAGAGUUGUGUUAGAGAGUGACUUGCCUCAACUGCGCUACAUGAAAGCUGUUAUCAAAGAAAUCCUUAGACUGCAUCCUUCUGCUCCAGUAUUACUCCCAAGAGAGUCUAUGGAACACGUAACAAUCGAUGGGUAUGAUAUUCCAGCCAAAACUCGAAUCUUUGUGAAUGUCUGGGCAAUAGGAAGGGAUCCAGAAAGUUGGGAAGAUCCAGAAAUAUUUGAACCAGAAAGAUUUAUGGGCAGCACCAUUGAUUUCAAAGGGCUGGUUUUCGAACUGAUACCUUUUGGUGCUGGUAGAAGAGGCUGCCCUGGUAUUGCAUUUGGAACAGCGAGUAUUGAGCUUGCACUGGCUCAACUUCUCCAUAGUUUUGAUUGGGAGCUUCCUCUUGGCGUUAAAGCUAAAGAUUUGGAUAUGACAGAAGUUUUCGGCAUUACACUGCACAGGAUAGCUGAUCUGAUUGUGCUUGCCAAACCACACUUUUCCUAAGAUGGUAUGCAGUUAAUAAAUAGAUGUAUAACAGAUGAAAGAGUGCUACUAGCCUUUUCUCUGUUUCAAUAAAUGGCAACAUAAUGAAGACCAACUAUAUUUGUAGUUCA